AUACUUUAGCUGGUAUAUAUUGUUCACACUGGUCACAUGACCCUUCUGACCGCCCCAGGUGCUGCUCCAUAUAGUGACCCAGCCAAAGACUUUGAUGAAAAUAAAGAGAAUAAGACCCCGGACGGCUCUCAGAAGGACCCCGACUGGAUGCAGUAUGAGCUGGAGCGGGAGGAGCAGGAGCUGCAGCAGGCGCUGGCCCAGUCCCUCCAGGAACAGGAGGCGCGAGAACUGAAGGAAGACAAUGACCUGAAAAGAGCCACAGAACUGAGCUUACAAGAAUUUACCAGCUCCUUUCUGGACGGGUCAUUGUCUGAUGAGGAUUCUGGGAAUGAAGAGGUUCUGGAUAUGGAGUACACCGAGGAGGAAGCUGAGGAGCUGAAGAGAAACGCAGAGAGUGGGGAACUGCAGCACUCCUAUCGCUUGGUCAGCGUUGUCAGCCAUAUUGGAAGCUCCUCAUCCUCCGGACAUUACAUCAGUGAUGUGUAUGACAUAAAGAAACAAGCAUGGCUGACCUACAACGACCUGGCCGUGUCUCGCACCCAGGAGGCCACUGUCCAGAAUGAGCGGGACCGCAGCGGCUACAUCUUCUUCUAUAUGCACAAGGAGAUAUUUGAAGAAAUGGUUGACGAGGAGAAUAAAGCACAAAGCUACAGUGGUGACGCCAACAGAUUGAGACCCUGCCUGUGAGGCUGGUGUGGCGGUCUUGCACACGUGCGGCUCUGGAGCUGCAGACUUGUGUCUUCCCCAUUGGCUGAUGUGAUGUCUCCGCACUGUGGCUGCUGACCCCUCUGGGCCGGAUGUCUUCUCCAUUCUCACCUUCUGUAUAGUUGGUGAUGAGGCCGUUCACACACAGCAUUUUGUUGUUGUUUUAAGCCAAAGCCAAAAGUUGAUCCAUUGGUCUAAUCUCCUUGGAUUCAGUGCGCAUGGCGGUGGGAUCCCGGUGUCAGGCGGCAGGGGCGCGUGGGAUCCCGGUGUCAGGCGGCAGGGGCGGGUGGGAUCCCGGGGUCAGGC